AUGGAUAAGUCCGCCAUUCCACGACCACGGCCAGACGAAACAAAAUUGCCAGACUACCAUUACAAAGAUCUAGACAUGUUUGAGUCUCCCAGUGGUACGGAUGCCUGCCAUCACCCUCCUGAUGACUGGCAGCCACUUCAUAAUAUCAAAAACUGUUUUGAUGAUGGAACUUUACUAGGUGAUGACGAUGCAAUCUCCUCUUUUUCUACAAUAUUUAUUGUGGAAAAGGAACUAAUUAAAGACCAUUUACAGCAUCUAACUACAUUAGAGAGGGAAAAAAAACAUGCGCACAAAGGACAGGUUGAAGAAACGCAAGCAGAGACAACAGAAAUGCUUCGAGGACUAUGA